CGCGGACGCUGACACGAGCAAACCCGACCGCCCGCAGCUGGGACCGCGCGGCUCCUAACCCGCCGCCCCGUGGACUCCUGGGAGCGCCAGCCACGCGGGAGUGCGCAGGCGCAGUCGACUGAGCCUCGGCUCGGGGACUCUUCCCUUGUCCAAAAGGAGAGCUCAAAAGAGAAGGCAAAUUCUUAAAGCCAUGCCUCAGGGAUCAGUGUCAUUCAAGGAUGUGACUGUGGACUUCACCCAGGAGGAGUGGCAGCAACUGGACUCUGCUCAGAAGGCCCUCUACAGGGAUGUCAUGUUGGAAAACUAUUGUCACUUCGUCUCUGUGGGCUUUCACAUGACUAAGCCCGAUAUGAUCCACAAGUUGGAACAAGGAAAAGAACUAUGGACAACAGGGAGAAUUUUUCCAAGUCGUAGUUACCUAGGUGAGUCUGUAUAGAUAAAGUCCAGUGGACUUAGGUAGUUAACGCCUUUGAAUGUUUUUAGAGAUCUUUUUUUUUUAAUUGAGGUAAAAUACACAUAAAGUUUACCAUCUUAA